AGAGGAAAAACUACAUGUCCCAGAAUGCAACGCUCAUCUGUCAAAGGCAAGCAGUAGCACGAACAGGGCUGGAGCUACGGCAACCGCGCUCAACAAAAAAAAUCUUGGAUGCAGAGGAGCCUGUAUUUCUAAUGACUUCAGUAUCCAUGCAUUUUAUUUAACUGGAUCCUUUGGUUUUACAAGGCGGCAGGGGGAUGCGUAGCAGCUGGAGGUGGCAGUUCUCCAGGGCCAUGCGUUUGCUCCUGCGCUGGUGCCGUCUGUGCCCCAGGAGAGGGGUCGGAGGUGCCUCCAAGCCUAAGAGGAAGCUCCAGGAACUGUGGAGCUACUUCAAGCUGCUCCUCAAGUCACUAUAUUUCAACAGCCUGUCCAACUCUGACACCCUCCUGGACUGUGUGUUUGAGCCUGUGUACUGGAUAGUGGACCAUGUCACUCGCUGGUUCGGUGUGGUAUUUGUAACAUUGGUGAUUCUCCUCACUGGCUCUGUCCUGGUCAUUGUCUACCUCUUUGUGUUGCCCAUCAUCCUUAGCACCUACCCUCCCCAGUGGAUUUUCUGGCACCUGAGCUACGGCCACUGGAUUCUCACCAUGGUCCUCUUCCACUACUUCAAGGCCACCACCACCUCUGCAGGACACCCUCCUAAGGAGAAGACUGACAUCCCAUCAGUGUCUAUCUGUAAGAAAUGCAUCGUUCCCAAGCCAGCUAGGACCCACCACUGUAGCAUCUGCAACACGUGUGUUCUAAAGAUGGACCACCACUGCCCCUGGCUAAACAACUGUGUAGGGCACUUCAACCAUCGCUACUUCUUCUGUUUCUGCCUGUACAUGACACUGGGUUGUAUGUACUGCAGCGUCAGCUGCAAAGAAAUGUUCAUAGAGGCUUACAAUGCCGUGGAGAGCCACAGAAGUGUGGAGGCGGAGCUAAAAGGAGAGACUGUGACUGGGAUUGGUCUGCUCCUUAACCUGUUUCACACACAGAGCUACUACCAGACCCCGCCCCCUCCUUACAGCUUCAGGGAGAGGCUUGUUCACAAGUGUGUCAUCUUUGUCUGGGUGCUAACCAGCUCGGUGGCAGUAGCCCUGGGGGGGCUGACCCUGUGGCAUGCCAUCCUCAUCACCCAUGGAGAGACCAGCAUCGAGAGACACAUCAACCGCAAAGAGGCCAAACGCCUGAAGGAGAGCGGGAAGGUUUUCAAAAAUCCCUACCACUACGGCAGACUAAACAACUGGAAGGUGCUGUUUGGAGUGGAGAAGACAAGUCAUUGGCUCACCCGGGUCCUCCUGCCAUCCAGCCAUCCUCCCCAUGAAGAUGGCAUCGUAUGGGAUUACACUCCUAUGAGGAGAGACCCCAUGGCCAUCUGACCCCCUACAUGAGCUCUCCUAUCAGACUAUGUUCCCACCCUUACUCUCUUGACAGCUGCUGGUCAGCCUUGGAGGCUCCCCUAACUGGGAGGCCCGCUGUGGGGUAACCUAGGACUCUGCCCCCUGGGCACAUCAUGGUUUUAUUCUUUGCACUCCUCUGACUAUCGUCACGUCAAUGUGAACCAGAGGUCCUGUCUUUUCAACUAAUCUGUGUUGGUGGAAUCUUGACCCUUUUCAGGGUUUGUUUUUUGUACUGGUUAGACAAUUGAAAAUGUAACAUGUUUUAAAAUGUACUGAGUAAACAAAAUGUGUUGUUUUUGACAGAAGGUUGCCAAAGAAGAGCUUUAUCCACAAGGGAUUAGUUAAAACAUGAUGACCCAUUGGAUUGUCUUAACCAUUAAUACAUAGCUUAGAGGUUUACUGUCUAGAGAUGAGCCUACAAUCGUUUUUUGGUGGUGCUGUAAUCAAACAAGAUCUUUGAUAUGUGCCUUUUGUCAUCAGAGAUUGGUUUAUCAGUUGAAUAUUGGCACUAUUGAUAAGUUAUAUUGAAUUAGUCUUAGAAUUUUUUUGAACAAUAUGUACUCAUUGCUAGUGUAACUUAAUUUAUGUCUUAACCUUAACAUGUCUCUGUACUGCAGCCAGCACAAAAGAAAACCACUGAACAUCACAAGGCAAUUUAUUGAAUUAUGAGCAUACGCAGUCAAACUUGCCAGAAUGAUGGUUAAGGUUGGCAUAGUGAUGGAUAGUGAUGGACAGCUGUGACCUGAUCAAAAGGAGCUGUGCUCUGCUGUUUGACUCAGCAUGUUAUCAUUGCUUUUAUAAACAUAUUUGAUAUCUUAAGUUUUCUUACAACUUUUUAUAUUUCCCAUGUCAUUUUUAUAAAAAGUAACCACAAUUUCUACAAUUACAAUGUUUUAUUGACAGGUUAACUUAAAGAUAUUUAAAUAUUGUCCACAUAUAUCCUUGGCAUAGGUUUUUGUGAGGUUCGGUUCUUGGGACCAGUGAGACUGAAAGACAAUGAACAACCUGUGACCACCUACAAACAUCUAUCGUUCUUAAAUUCAGAAUACAAGUCUCAA